AUGGAGACGUCUGGCAAGGCGGUGGCUCUGCCGCCUGUUGAGAGUUCAAAGGGAACGCGUGCAAAGAGCCAUCUCCAGCAAGUCACGGGGAAUUAUUGCUUGGUUUUGGAGUCGUCUAGCAAAACAAAUCUGCAUUUGCCGCCACUGUCUGAAUUUGCUUCUCCCACCGGCGAAAACGGUGUGGCAGGAGUGACGGAGAGUGGGAACAUGGACGGAACGAUGUCGCUACCGUUGGGUGAUACUUUCAGGACGGGAUCUUCAUUUAAUCUACGUCUGCCCAGCCAACCUGCGACUGAGGGGUGUUUUGGUUUGGCAUUCAGAGAGAAAAAGAGGGAGAGGGAAGCAGAAGAGGAAGAAAAGAAGGAGGAAGAAUUCAAUUCAUACACGUACGACGCAUAUUCCCCUCUAGGCAGGAGUGGAUCUCCGUCAGCGUGGCGGAACGGUUAUUUUUUGGGUUCUGUAGAGGAAUGCUGCGGUGUUGAUGGCACAAGGCCUCCAUCGGGGGUGUUGCGAUAUCUCAAGGGAGACUCUCUGGAUGGUGGGACGGGUGGUGAAUGUGAGGCAGCAAAAGGGGAGGAGCAAAAAAUUUCAUCCCAUGAGAUGGCUGACUUCCAUCAGAACGAAUAUUUAAUGUCCGAUGCAAUAGGGACGGUGGACGGUUCACCACAUUCUCCUGGAGUUUUGUCAAACUUUAGUCCGAUUUUUCAACAGUUACUUCGAAGGAAUAAUGAAAGUAAUUCUACGGAAAAUGUUGGGGUUUGUCAUAGCGCCAACCGUGAUGGUCAAGUAAUUAACUCUAGCGGUUCUUCUUCUCAUACUCCAAUGGAAGACUUUGGCUUUGGAAAAGUGGAAAGAAUAGACGAAUUGGCAGAUUUGUACGCUGCCGACCGUGACGUUGCUCUGCUUCUUCUAUAUCCUGGAGAUGUUAUUGACGCCGUCAAGAGAGGAAACCAUCCGGAGGAGAUGUGGCCGUGUAUGGAAGAGUUUUUUUUGACCGUGUUCCAUAAAUUAAGCUCUACAGCGACCUGCAAUGAAGCUGACACUUUUUCCUUGCAGAUUUCUCUCACGGUUCUUAAGCAUGACCAGAUGAAGGAAUUGCUACCCAAAGGUGGGGACGGCGCUAUGAGGCCGAGAUGUUUUACCAAAGCACUCAUAGAAAAGUCACCCCUACAUGGCCCAGUUCCACUCCAUGCUAUUUAUUAUGAAGUUAAAAGUCUGGAAGAUGUCAGGAAAUUAGUGCGUAGGGCCCUCAGAGGGAUGACGACAGAUGACUAUCGCUGUGGUGUUUUAUUAUUCCUUGCCAUUCUUCGGCAAUUCAAGAAGGAAACGGAUGAUAUUCUUGUUUCCACGAUGGUUUCUGCCGUUUCCACUGUGGAAACAAUAUAUGUGGCUGUUAAAAAUAGGCAACUUUCUACAGCUGCUUCUCUUUUUCGAAUGGUAUUUCGUAGCCCACGACUAGCGGCCUCGUUGGUGCGAGCAUUGACGGUGAGUGGGUUGCAACUGUCUUCAGCGGAGACGUCGUUAAUGAUGGAGGUGAAUCGCGUUCUCCAGGCCAGAAGUAUUCGGCGACGUGGUGAUGUCACGGUGAGCUUGCGUUCAGUUCUGGGCUCGGCAAUGGCGUUCUGUAGGGCUUUGAUGGAUCAGGAGGGUAACGAAAAAAAUGACAAAGAUGACGGUGCGAAUAAAACACAUGGGGCUUCCCCCUCCUUGUCACCGACGAGGGCCUUGGAGUGCCUCCAGAAAAUAGCAAUGAACAUUCGCUCUGCAUUGCGGACUCCUAUCAGUGAAUUUCAUGGGAUUUUGCCCAACAAGGAAAAGUUUUUCAGCGAGGGCAAUGGGGGUGCGGAAGUUCCGGAACGACAAGGGAAACAGGUAACCGUUUUCUUGGAAAAACUAGGCAAGCGUGCGAGCAAACUGUUAAAACUUGUAGCCUCCAGGUGGACCCAAACGAGAAUAAGAAUCAAUCUCUUUGGAGGCGUGCUUGCGGCACCAACAGGUGGUAUCAAGCCGCUCUUUACGGAAGCGACGCUGAUAGAUGAGGAUUUUCUUCACGAACGCCUUUGUUCCCUUCUUUUUCUGGAAUUGUUGGAAGACGCGGGUGAAAAGGAGAUCAUCAACUUUGUUGAGCCGAAUAGCGUCGAGGUGAACACGACUGAAGGUCUGUUGUGUAAAUUGUCUUUCAAUGAGAUCUGUUUAUGGCGGAAUAAGCCAUUUGCGUGUGGACCAUCCACACAGGGUGCUUCCAUCUCGUACCUCCUAAGUCAUGCGUUUAGCUUGUUUGGGGAGGGCUACAACACAGCCAUCUUAUACAUGCGGGAUGGUGCGAAAUGCUUUGCUGACAUCCUUACCUCCCCUCUGUGGUUGACAUUGUUAAGGUUUGUGGAAUCUGAAACAGCAGCACGUUGUACUGGACGUGAACUCUACCUUUCUGUGACGCAGGUUCUGUCUAUGGAUUGCGUCAGGGAUCAUCUUGCAACUAAAUCAGAGGAGGAAUUUCAAGACUUUAUUCCACUUCCGUUUCAGGCGGCAUGGACACCGGCAGGGCCAGUGGUUCGAGGAGCAAAAUUUGUUUCGUUGAAUUCGGUUGAUCAGUUUGUCGAGAUUCUCAGUUUGUUGAGUAUGAACGCGAAGGUGCUUCCCAUAUCUCUGCUCAGUGGGAUGAAUCUAAUCUUCUCCUUCAUUCUGAAACGUGGGACAUCCGCGGUGAUCACGGCGCGUGAGGACUCAGCGGCGCUCGACGAGGAUGUGGUGCUCUCUUCCAUGACAUUUACCCUGACAACAGGUGCAGAAUGUUAUAAGUCACUUUGGAUCGAUGAAUUUGUUCCCAUGGAGAGUCCCCGAAAUCUGUACCGUUGUAUUCAGCAACACUUUACGCUCUGUGUGACGGAUGUGAACAAUGUCUGCAUGACGGCACUAAACUUCUUUGAAACCCAAAAACUCCUUCAACAGAUAAAAGUACCCCCACCGCAGAGGAAGUGGACCAUGCGUAGCUUGGAGAAGUAUUUGGCAGAGCGGUGUGCCAUGUACAUGCAAGAGAUUCUCUGGUUGAAGGGAAAGAGUGAUGCCAGUCUGACAAGAGAACAACAAGGUCUUAUUUUUGGUGAUACACAAACAGCAACAUUGCGGGACAUUGCAGAAGCAUGGGCUCUGGUGGAGCGAAUGCGAAGCGCCGUAAAGGAGCUCCUUGAUGCCCCAAAUGCCGCCCAUCCCAUGGCGAUAGUUGCCGACGGCAGUUACGACAUCACGAUGCCACCGAACUUUUUACUUCAUUCAUCGUUUACCUCUACGGAAUUGUUAAUUGACAAUCAGCAUCUUCAGCAUCCUCAGCAUCCUCAUCAUCGUCAUCGUGAUGUAGCCAGAAGCUUUGGUGGGGAGAGACAUAUCGAACCAUGCGGGAGAUCACCAUCCGUACAAGCUGGGAGUGGAAUGGAACAAAAUGGAUUAGACAAAAACAAUUACUACUCGAUCUUAUGCGAGCCAAGCCACGAACAACAACAAGUACACGUGCAGGGUAAAUUAGGUGCGGUAAAAAAGACGCAAAUGCGGAGGGAUAAUGAGGAGGCGAACCAUUUCCGCUUCUGUGAGUUGGGACUAUCUCAAGAAAGUGCCCGUUUCUUUUUAUUGCCCGCCAUUUCCAGUGUAGUUUCCCCGGAAUUCGACAACAAGCGAAAUGAAGUGAUACAUAGCUGGUGUGAGUUCCUGCCAAGAGGUGUGCCGAAUGAAACAACCUUUCAGAAAUCUGUUUCCAGACGUCUCGAUGAAAUCCUGGAACGGGCAUGCGAGGUGUUCGACGGACAAGUUGAGAAAAAAGGGAAGAAACUCCGGAUUCAACCCGCGGCGGUUGUACUUCACGAUAAUGCGAAUUCUAGUGGAAAGCUGCAUAUAGAGAAAAAGUGUAUUUCUGUCCAGAAAGAAGAAUGUGUCUUUACAUCUCUGGAUAGGACGAGCAACGCUGUCACCUCGUUGGAAGACUUACCUGGAGUAUCAGGGCUAUUGAUGGAUCUUACCAGCAGGUUUCAAAAGGGACAGAAUGUCACACUUCUUACGGCAGAUGCCACGAUUGGUAAACACCAUUUGGCGCUGACGAUGCUUUUGGAUGUUGUUCGCUUGGCACUGAAACGAAAGCCAAAUGAAACUUACAUCACAUUUUCUCUUGGGUUCGUCCGUAAUGGACGUUUUGUGUAUGAUCUUUUGGCCGAUCAGGAGACUCUUAUGGCAUCGAAGCUUUCGUUUAAAUGUAACAGAUUGCUUGGGCCAAUGAUUCAGGAUGGUGUGAGGUGGCAUGAUGUGCAGCAUGCGCACGAAGUGGAUGCACUUAUCAAACAGAUUGAACAAACUCUAUCGGUAUUGUUAGUACGGUGUGUCAGCAAGGAGGACAUGCAAAGUACGUUCAUAAUGUUAACAGCCGUUGGUAAAACGGUUGAACCGCACGAUGUUGUGUUUUCGUCUUUUGUUGGUUUUUUUGUUUGGAACGAGGUGAACUUGUACGAUUUCCUGCUACGAUCACAAGAACAGGAAAAACAAGUAAAUAGUGCUGAAAAAGAAGCCAUGCGAUCAAUUUUACUUUCUGCUGUGCGAGAUCGCUCGAGUUUUGUACGGACUUGCUUUGUGUAUCAUACGGCCAUGCCGGAGACGUGUGCUCAACGUUUUUUGAUGGUACAGAACCGGUUGUGUGGUUGUUUUUCGAACGAACCCCAUAAAGGCAGUUUGGCUUCCAUGACACGGCGGCAAAAAGCGAAGGUGACGGGAAAAAAGACGGGGUGGAGGAGGCUCCUGGGACGUGGGUCCGUAAAAAUGGGAGAAGAAAAAUCGCGCAUGGUGAAUCAGCUGAAAUACUUUGAAAUGAUUCUUGCCGACACUUACAAGGCGGUUCUUUUAGUGGAGGGAAUGGAAAGUAAGCCGCCAUCAACCGAAUCACCAGAAAAAAGGGGGGAAACGGGAAAGGAUGAAUAA